AUUUUUUGUGACUUUUUAGUUCGUUUUUUUCAACUUUAUUUUCGUUCAAUUCAACCUCUGUUUAUUAAAAAUCUUUUAGUUUUGUUGAACUGAUUAGUAUUCUGCUGUACUUUAUUUUUUAUUUUAUCUACUUUCAAUUUCCAGUCAAAUGCAGAAUCUUCACAAGGCGCCAUACCCGGUCAUCGACACUGACCCCAACUUUAGCCGGGUCGUCCGGUACUUCCGCCCGACCGACUACGCCGUUGCCGCCUCGUUGACAGCAUUGGGCCCCGGUUUUAUGUACUGGAUGGAGAAGUACCAGCCCUCAGGCAACCCCGGUAAGCCGCUCAUGCGUGCGAUGAAGAUUGCCGGCGGCAUUGGCGCCAUGGCAGGAUUCCUGACCGCAUACAUGAUGGUCUCGGUGCGUUUCUGGGGACUGUCGGAGAACUCGCGCGAGAUCAAAAAGUACCGCGUGGAAUACGCCAAGCUGAAGGCCCAGGGCAAACCCAUGCACGGCGUGUCCAACAUGCCUCUGGCCCUGCAGCGCACAUCAGCCGCAUACUCGACCGGCGCGUUCUUUAAUUUUGAUGUCAUUCCUUGGUUCAACUUUGCCAGCCACCCGUACCACGGCCAGAGCGAGGGCGUCAUUCCUGAGGAGGACAAGUAAUAAAAAGUAUAAUGAAUUUUUGAACUUGCCAAUUCUCUAUCACCCAUAAAUAUAAAAACAAACUACAAUUUUUU